AUGGCUCUCUGCAAACAUACAGGUGGAGGUGCUAGUAACGGAGCGCACCACUUCGACUGCCCUCAAACAAGGAUCGUUCUGGUGGGUAAAACAGGAGUGGGGAAAAGUGCAGUUGGCAACACCAUCCUGGGCAGAAAGCAGUUUCACUCUGCACUUUGGAACACAUCAGUCACCACUCGGUGCCAGAAGGUGUAUGGACUGGUCAAUGACAGACAUGUCGCAGUGGUCGACACCCCAGGCCUGUUUGACACCGAAAAGCCCAAUGAGGAAAUCCAGAAAGAGAUAGUGAAGUGCAUUCAGGUCUCCUGUCCAGGUCCCCACGCCUUCCUCCUGGUGAUGCAGCUCAACAGAUUCACUGAUGAGGAGAGGAAGUGUGUUGAAGCCCUUCAGGAGAUCUUUGGAGAAGAGUCCAGAAAAUACAUGAUCAUCCUGUUCACCCGUGGAGACGACCUUCAAGGUCAGUCCAUUCAUGACUUUGUCCAGAGGGCCCAUCCUGCUCUGAAAGAGGUGAUCAACAAGUGUGGAGGCAGAUACCACGUCUUCAACAACAGAGCCAUGUUCAAUAGAGCCCAAGUGGUAGCACUGUUGGACAUGAUUGAGAAGAUGAUGGCACUGAAUGGAGGCAGCUUCUACACCCAGGAGAUGUAUGAGGAAGCUGAGGCCAAGAUCAGGGAGAAGGAGGAGGAGAUGAAGAGGGAGAUCAGAGCAAAACAAAAACGUCGCAGACAAGCCAUGGAGAAGGAGAGGAUGGAGAAAAUGAAGGAACUAGAUGGGAAGCUGAGAGCUUCUGUUGAAGCUGAGAUGGAGAAGAGGAUAGGUGUCCUGACACAGCAGGUUGAACAGGACUUGAAGGAAGCUCGGAUGAAAGCAGAGACUUCUGAACUCAAACUGAGCUUCUUACAGCACCUGAAAGUGAAGCUGAGCAAUGCCUUCAGGAUCGUGAAUUUGUAUUUUAAAAUGCAGCAUAAGCAGCCUUCAAUUAACAAAGGCCCUCAAACAAGGAUCGUUCUGGUGGGUAAAACAGGAGUGGGGAAAAGUGCAGUUGGCAACACCAUCCUGGGCAGAAAGCAGUUUCACUCUGCACUUUGGAACACAUCAGUCACCACUCGGUGCCAGAAGGUGUAUGGACUGGUCAAUGACAGACAUGUCGCAGUGGUCGACACCCCAGGCCUGUUUGACACCGAAAAGCCCAAUGAGGAAAUCCAGAAAGAGAUAGUGAAGUGCAUUCAGGUCUCCUGUCCAGGUCCCCACGCCUUCCUCCUGGUGAUGCAGCUCAACAGAUUCACUGAUGAGGAGAGGAAGUGUGUUGAAGCCCUUCAGGAGAUCUUUGGAGAAGAGUCCAGAAAAUACAUGAUCAUCCUGUUCACCCGUGGAGACGACCUUGAAGGUCAGUCCAUUCAUGACUUUGUCCAGAGGGCCCAUCCUGCUCUGAAAGAGGUGAUCAACAAGUGUGGAGGCAGAUACCACGUCUUCAACAACAGAGCCAUGUUCAAUAGAGCCCAAGUGGUAGCACUGUUGGACAUGAUUGAGAAGAUGAUGGUACUCAACAGUAACAGUUUCUACACCCAGGAGAUGUAUCAAGAGGCUGAGACCAAACUCAGAGAGAAGGAGGCUGAGAUCAGGAGGAAAGAAAACUUUAACAACAACAAGAAUUUCUGGAGGCAGAGGGAUGAGUCGAUGCGCAUAAGGAAAGAAGCAGAAAACAGUGACUUGAAAUUCAGUUUUGAGAAAAACUUAAAGGAAAAAGUCACCUAUGCAUACAGAGUUGUAAAAAAUUUCCUUUAA